AUGGACCAGAAAAUCCUGACCUUAGCGGCAGAUGAAAAAGCUGAGCAACUUCAGGCAUGCCUGCAAAGCCUGAAAGAAAAUGAGGUGAGCUGUUGUGAUUCUCACAGCAUUUCAGUUGGGGUGUGUGUGUGUGUGUGUGUGGAUCCACUGAUAGUGCCCUUGUUUGGGGCUGAUUGUAAAGAGGGAAAGAGAAUCUGUGGUCCUAUGUAUGUAGCUGAACUCGCAACUCCCAUCAACCCAAAACACAUGGAGAACCACUCCUAUCCCUUCAUUUGGACAUUGCUCAUUCUCUUCAGUGUAUUGUUUCACCAUCAUGGCUUCCAUGAUCAGUAGUUUUGUGUCCAAAUUGUGAGGCAUCCAUAUAUAGUACAUUAAUGGACCUUUAUUCAUAGUUUGCUAAUUGCACGAGUUGCAAGUCGCUAGAUAUUUGUAUUUAUUCCUGUUGUAUUUCCGUUUCCUUCUACUAACUCAUAGCUGUGGGAAGUCCCGUGCAUUUGGGAAAAUGGUAAAAAUUGUGGUGACUGUCAGUGGGCAGCUAUGCAUCUGCCGUAUGCCCAGGUUCUGCAACUUUUGCAUUCUGCACUAUGCAGUAUCUGGAACCAAAACAGAAUCUCAUGCAAUUUGUAUGUUUUUAUACAUCUCCCUCCUCCUGCAAUGUUACCUCCUGUACAGUUUUAUGACAGCUAGAUAAUGUCAUUUUGCUUACAUUUUUCAUCAUUGUGUUAAGGUUGCCAAGUCUCCUGCCUUUUACUAACUACUAAUGACAUCUAUAUCCAAUGCGUUUCUUGCUCCUCUUAGAAAUCAUAGGCAAGUGGAUUGCCACUUCCAGUUUUUCAUGGCCUUCAAGUGUUACUGUAGUACUGUAUAUAAUUCACAAAAAUAUUUUUGGGUGCAUUCAUUCCUCUGUGGUUCUCCCUUUUCAUGAACAUGGUGUAUUUUAACUGCAUGUCAGGCUAUCUAGUAACAGGCCGUCCAUCUAGUAAACUAUGAUGAGUGGAGGUUGCUUCCAGGUGACCAGGCAUGGAGAACUGAAAAAAGUUUAGGGUUAGGCAGCCACAAAUGAUUAAUGGAAGUACGUAGGCUAGUAAAUAUUUUGGAUGUAUCUGCAAGGCCGUAUUAAGAGGACGGUAAAUUUAUGUGCCUUAGUGAUGAUUGUAUGGAAAUUAGUACCUGGUUACACACAGUGUUUCUAUUAUCAUUGGAUGUAGAAGCUUAAAGUGAUGAUAAAUGAAUCUUGUGCUUUCCCCCUCUUCUUGCUGCAGUUGAAAGGCUUAAUCACAAAGCAGGCUUUGAAGGGAAAGGAGAUUGGUGCCCUCCUGAGAGGAAUCUUCAAAGGUACCACACAAUGAGUUGUAAUAGACUGAUCUAUGAAUCCUUUUUUUUACCCAACUGUUCCAUGUAUGACAUUGAUAUCUUACAGUUCAAUCCUAAUCAUGUCUACUCAGAAGCAAGUCCUGUUGAAUUGGGUUAGGAUUGCAGCCUUAAGCAAGUACUUGAGUGUGGCUGCAAUCCUAUGUUCAUUUACUUGGAAGUAAACUCAGCUGAUGUCAGUGGGACUUGCUACUGAACAGAGAAAUAUGGGACUGUGCUGUAAAGAAUCUUCUAGAUAUUUUUUUUUUAAGAGACAUGCUGUGGACCAACUGAAUGAAGUGGUCCCCAGACCACAGUUUGGGAACCCUUGUUCUAGACAGUAUUGCUUGCAGGUGGGAAGAGUUCUUUUGAACUUGUCCCAGCAGUUGGGUUUCCACUUUAAUGUGCCAGUGUUAAGUAAUUCCAUGUGGACACAACUGAUGUUUAUUUGUGAACAAGAUACAAAAAUAUAGACUAUGAAAGGGGAUAUUUUAAUUUGGAGCUUCUGUUAAUAAAGGAAUUUGGGAGUCAUGCAGAACCCUUUAGCUGUUUAAAUUGCACAGAAGAAAGUGAGUAAAUGGUCAGAAAAAUUAUUGAGAGUGUUGGUGAAGUCUAGGCCACCAGCUGCUCUUUUGUCUCUUGUAAGAGCUGUCUUAAAAUGUUUGCUCAAGUAACUUCUUUAUUGUUGGAAAUUCCACUCCAGGUUCUCCUUGCUUCCAACAGACGGGUGUUGUUAGGAGGCUCAGCGUUUAUAAGCAUUGUGUCCAGUUGGUGGAGUCGGGGGACCUGCAUGUGGAAGUUGCAUCUGAAAUUAUACGGCUGCUUAUGUUAGAGGUAGGAAUGGAGUUACCAAGACUGGUUUCUCCAGCUCUGCAAAGUGAAAUGGAGAUGAUGGUUCCCUUCCACUUCUAGAUUCCACGCUUAAAUUACAUUGCGGUCAUCUCCUGAGAAUCCUGACCCUAUGCAUGUUGCGGAACAUGCAUGUUAUCUAGUGGGGCUGAUUUUCAAGACACUACGUGUGAUUGCAGCUUUAGAGAGCAAUCCUUAACUAUUAAGAAGGGUAGGUAAGGAAGGGGUUAUUUGAUAUUGUGGGCCUCCUUCUCUGCAGAUGGAGGAGUCUCCAGUGUGGUGGAAGAAAGCGGUGCUGUGGUCACUGACUUGCCACCAAUGCUCUGUGUGUGGUAGAGCCACGAAUGGGGACACAUUGUGGGAGGCUGUGAUUUUUCCAGAUCCAAAGCCUCCUUGUUCCCCAGACACGGAUUCUAUACACAUAUGCACACGCCAUUACUCUGUCCAUCUCCUUGGGGAUGAAAUCAUUUCUAGGUCAUAGGUUUCCUCCUGGUGUUACACCUGUGCCUUUGACAACAGUUCAGCACAGUGUAAUUUUGUAAGUGAGGCUUCUCCUACCACUUAGGUCUAUCACAGGAAAGUUUUCAUCUGCUCAGUUUCUAUGCUUGAAGUACAGAAUCGGGACCCCACUGCACGUGUGCAUAUUUAACAUGAUCAAAGGUAGCCAAUCACCCAUUCCCUCUCCCCACCCUCUCAUUAUAUAUAAGGGUCUGAUGACUUCUGUUUCAGUGUAUCUGAAGAAGUGUGCAUGCACAUGAGAGCUUAUACCUAAAACUACUCAGUUGGUCUGUAAGGUGCUACAUUAUAAUUUUUAAAUUCUUUUGGAAGGAUUCUUUUAAAGACUUUCUUAGAUCAUAUAACUUUUUUGAAGACUUGAUUCUUUUAAAUGAGUUUUUAGGUUUUCAAGAAGAGUCUUUUUAACCAUCUUUUUAAAGAAUUGUUUUAAUUUAUUUUGACUAUAGCAGACCAACACGGCUACCUACUUGAAUCUAUGAUCAAAGGUAGUUUGUAUAGUUAGAACAUUCUAAGCCUUCAGGUUCUUAUUGGCUAAUGUGUCAUGUAAUAAAUAAGUGAUACUGUUAACUUCCUUUCACCCGAGGAAAGACAUCCCAGUGUGUUCAUGCAACAACUAUUUCUAAUGCAGCUUUCACUGGCAACUUGAGAUUGCAUUUUUAAAAUACUUUUGUCCCCCCCUUGGUGCAUAUUUUCAUAUGCAUCUUCCCAUAUCUUGUCCCUCAUUUUUCAGGCUCAUGAGCUGCCAGGUUCUGCAUUGGCUGACCUGGCAACUUCGUUUGUUGAAGCUAUCAAAGGUGGCAUCUUGCUCAGUGGCAGGUCUUUGGAGCUUUUCCCUACAGUUUUGACUGCACUAGCGACAGCUAAAGAGACGCUGGUUUAUGGGGCAGGUAAGCCCUAUCCCUUCUUUCUUCCUUAUUUUCAUUUGACUAGCAACUCGUCCUAAGUGCUCUUGUACUGUGUGCUUUCCCACCCCUUUUCAGGUGAGCUGAGUGGGGAAGAGUUUAAGAAACAGCUGAUCAAUACACUUUGUUCCAGCAGGUAGGCAUGUCUUCAGCAGGUCAUUUACAGUUCUGUGCUUGCCUUUAGAAUUGUUCAGAAUGCACCAGUUUUAUGUAAGCAACUCUUUGCUAUGUUUUAUCCAGUCAAAUGUUAAACUCUGCUGCUGAUUUUUAUUGGUGUUCACUUGACUUCCACCAAAAUGGUGAGUUGCAACAACAUAAAAAUGCAAUAGCAAAACCAGUUAAAACAUUUUACAUUCAAAAGAACAGGGUUGGUCCUAAAUAUAUUUUUAGGUGUCAAAGACCAGGGUAAAGAAGUGUGUCUGCAUCGUAUGAGAAAAGCCAGGCACAACUCUUUGGGGAGGAAAUUCCACAGCUUAGGGGUUGCCACAGAGAAUUGCCUCUCCUGGGCUGCCACCACUGAACUUCUGAGGGUGGCAGAAUAACAAAGAAGGCUCCUUCUGCCAGUCUUAACACCCAAGAGGGUCUGUAAGGAAGGAGGUAGUCUUUUCAGAUAUUUAGGGCCUAAGUUUUUAGGGCUUUGAACACCGACAUGAGGACCGUGAAUCACGUCUGGAAAUGAACUGGCAACCUGUACAGGGUUGUUGCUUUCUUUUUUAGAAAGGGGGGGCAGUUAUAUGUGUUCUAACUAGGACCCCAGCCAGUAAUCUGGCUAUUGAAGUUUCUGAGUCAUCUUCAAGGGCAGCUAUUGCAAUUAAUCCAACUGUAGGUGCACUGGGGCAGACAUCUCUCUCAUCACCCCUUUAUUUCACAAACUGUCAUGUGUAACACAACUAUCCCUGCUGGAAGUAUUUUUUGUUAGUACUUUAUUUUCUGUUUUCAAACCUUCUGAUUGAUUUUUAUAUGGGCAGGUGGAGUCCUCAACAUGUGAUACAUCUCUCCUCCAUGUUCAGGUAGCCUCUCUACAAUUUUUUAUUUUCUUUUUUCAUUGCUGACUUGGGGAGCACUUACAGAGGUGAGGGGAGAGCAGUGUCACUAGGCAUGUCAGUCAUAAUCCAUGCUUGCACUUUGGAAGAAGUUCUAGUUGGCCAAGUGUUUCCUAAGUGGGAAAGGUACUUGAUCCAAGGCUGAUUUCUGGGAUAUACCAUUUGGGGGCCAGUGUAGUGGAGACAGUAUCAGACAUGGAGCAUGGAGACUUGGAUUAAGAUCCCCACUUAGCCAUGAAUGAUUGUGGGCCAGUCUCAACCUAACCUGCCUCACAGGAUUGAUGUGAAGAUAACUUGAGGGGUGGGGCUGCCUUGAGCCCCUUGGAGGAAAGGUGGGCUAUGAAUGUAAAUAAUAAAUAAUAUUUGCUGGUUUUUGUACCAUGGUGUUUGUGGCCCCAGAGGCUUCUCUGCUGAUGUUUUGGACUGAUGUUUGGGUAGAUGAUCUGGACUGGCUUUUAUCUUUACUCUGCAGGGACAUCCCACUGAGUGCAGAAGAGCUGCAGUUUGUGGUGGAAAAGGUCUUAAGGAUGUUCUCUCAGUUGGACCUCCAAGAAAUCCCUCCUUUAGUUUAUCAGCUUCUGUUGCUUUCUGCAAAGGUGAGCUUUUAGGAAAAUUUGACCAGGCUCCGCAAAUCUCAAAACCUGGACCCUGCAACUGACAUGCAGUAGGUUCUGUAGAUGACUCAGGUCAGAUAAUGAUGAUGAUGAUAACAACAACAAUAAGUAAUAAUACUAAUAAUUAUUAUUUAUACCCUACUCAUCUGGCUAGGUGAUUUCCAGUACAUAUAAAAACAUUAUCUAACAUUAAACAUUAACAACUUCUAAUUCAGCCCAGCAUUGCCUAGUCUGAUCGUUAGAAGUUUUUCAGGGUCUUGCGAAGAGCUCUCCUGGUACCUGGUCCUUUUAACUGGAGAUGCCAGAAAGUUUUAAUCUGAUACCUUCUGCAUCCAAACAUGCACUGCACUACUGAGACACAAUCUCGCUCCAAAUGUUUGUAUGAAUGUUUAUUGUUACUGUGCUUUAUUACUGUAAUACUGUGGUGCACUUUCUGUUUACUUUGUCUCGUGAUCUUUCAGGGCAGCAAGAAAAACAUUUUGGAAGGGAUAAUCAGCUUUUUCAAUCAGAUGGAUAAAAAGCAAAAAGAAGAGCAGGGAAAUUCAGAGUGAGUCCCCUCUUAUAUUCUCAUUUUUUUGCCCUGAUAUUUGUUACUCUCUUUUCCCUGUAAGGACACCUUCGAUUCUGGGGCAAAUGUGUUGUCUUAGUUUCUCUGUGCCACAACUGUCUUUCUAUAUUUGGCUUCUCUGUGACUGAUUCUUUUUAGAUCAAUGGACCUUGAAGAAGCCACAGUGCCCCUGGACCAACUUCGCCAUGUGGAAGGCACCGUCAUUCUGCAUAUCGUGCUGGCUAUUACUCUGGACCAGGAUUUGGGAAAAGAGCUAAUAAAAUACUUAAAGGUAUAUCAAAUGCAUAAUGUUGAUGCUGAGGAUGUCGCUGAUAUGCCAGAUAUUGGUAGCAUUAAUCUGUUUAUGCCAAUGUUAGAUAGCUGUUGAUAGCAGUCUUCUAGGACUGAGCUCACCCCAUGGGACAUUGUUCUGACGUAAGCUAAUUGUGGCUUGGAAUGCCAGUCACUCCUAGAAUUCUGUGAUGUCUUACCUGCUUUCAUUUUUUUUCAACUGGGUGAAAUGCUUGCUGGCUUUGGCACUGUGUUCCUGGUUGUUUUAAGCCACACUUCUUUAUAUCUGAUUUAUAGGGAGCUGUGGUGUAAUGUCAUCUUACCACAUUAAACAAUUGCAUUGAUGAAACUGGCAGUUGAAAUGGGGGGUGUGGCUCUGUGGGUCUGAUGCUUGUUCCCAGGUUAAUAAAUUAUGACUUAUUAAAUCAGGAAUGUUACAUCCAAAUGGAGCCCCUCUUUUGCAGAAAGAGAGACACAAAAAUCAAAGUAAUCUGGCAGCCCUGCUCAUGUUAACCCAACCACAUGGACCUAGUGGCUGGACUUGUGUCCUCUUUUUGGCUUUUUCUCCCUGCAAGACAAAGAGAAAGGGGUAGAAGGGAGAUUCAGAAUUCAGCUCUGUAGCAUUUAUACAGCUGUGGGAGCAAAACAGUCCCAAGCACUGCAUUUAUAGCAGAGCAGUUUCUCAAAGAGGACUGUUUUAGGGAGGCUAUUUGCAAGAUGGUCUCUUUUCCUGUAAAAAGGAGAGCGAAAGGCUUUACACAGGCUUGAACCAACUCUGCUGCCUAACCAUCCCCAACUUUUGUUGAAGUUUUGGAGAGAAAAGUAUUUGGGGCACAAGGAUCCAGAGGGGCUUUGGGAAUGCUGUGAUGGCUUCUGCCAUCCAAGUGCAAACUUGGCGUUUGACUUUUGUUUAGAAGAGCUGGACAUUCAACCAAAGCUGAGAACUAUGUGUCCGAAUAACUAAGCCAAUGCUAGCUGUUGCAGAAAACACUGAGCUACAUGAAUCAGUGGUCUGAGUCACUAUAAGACAGCUCGAUGUGGAAUAAAUUACAUGGUGAAACAGAUUCAGUGACAUAGCUGUCAAGCUUAGUCCGCUGAGACAAGAGGAACACUCAUGUUCAUUAUUGGUCUAACUUCCAUUCUAACUAUAGUUUUAAAUAAAAAAUGAAACAUUUACUUUAUAAAUCUCUCUCUCUCUCUCUCUCUCUCUCUCUCUCUCUCUCACACACACACACACACACACACACACAGUAUAUAUAUAAUCAUCUCAUGAUAAAUAUGAAGCCCUCUAACUUUCUCCAUUUGCUUGAUGCUUUGUAGACUGAGCAACAAGGGGAUCUUAGCAAGGUCUUGUGUCCCUUCAGCAUAACCAUUCUGCUCUCAGUGACCAGAAUACACCGAUUUGAAGACCAGGUAUGUCUUUCCCUGCUAGCGCUUGACUACAUCAGUGAGCCUGAUAGAGAAUAUUUAGGUGGGCUGAUGGAGCUUUUAGUUGGCAGGUUUGUUCAUGCAAUGUUUGGUUCUGGCUGGGACUCUCAGUGGUGGAAAUUGGACAAGCGUAAUCUCUCAUGCCCACUCAACUUUUGUGCUUUAGGUCUUUGACUUUUUGAAAUCUUCAGUUAUGAGGAGCUUCAAGGACAAGCAGUUUCUUCAGGGCUCCAAGUUCCUGCAGGAAUUGGCUCCUCAAAACUAUGACAUAUCUGCCGUGGUUUUGGAAGUUGUGGCAAACAGGUGAGUUUCUGCAGUCUACCAAUGUAGAACUUGAUGGACAAAUUUCUCACCGUUUCUCUUCUCUCUCCUCAACCCCUGGCAUUAUUCUUCGAUAGUAAUGCACACAUUUAGUAAGUGGGGAGAUAAGGAUGCUGUAGAGUAUUGUUGCCUUUGCAAAAAUGCCCGGUUCUGCCCAUGCCCAAGAAUGUACAUAAAAAGAAUCUGCUUAUGCCCAUCUGGUUCAGCAACCUAUUCUUACAGUGGUGAACCAUAUGCAUAUGCAAAGCCCGUAAGCAAAUGAAUAAAAAGUAAAUGUUCUUUUAAAGUUGCUGUCUCCCUCUCCCUUCUUUUAAUGACUCCAUCCAGUGUGUUCGGUUGGGAUCAUGUGACUCAGGGCCUGGUGGAUCUUGGAUUCAUCCUGAUGGACUCCUAUGGGCCAAAAAGAACUUUGGGAGGCAAAGUCAUGGAAACGAACCACGGCCUUUCCAAAACUCCAGCCCAGCAAGCUUGUAAGUUGGGAACUGAUCUCCUAUUGGAAGCCUUCAAGGUAAGGAGAUGCCAUUAUAGGGAAACAGCUGUGAUUUAUAUUAUCUUUUCCAGUUCUUUGAUAACAUUUCAAACAUUGUUGAAUCUUCCAGUUAAAAUUGGAGCCACACCUUUCUUCCUUAAAUCCAAAAAUGUUUACUUUUACACCAUAUAAGAGAAGGAAUUGCAUACCCCUUGUACGUUCCUGCACGAGUCACAGUUCUGAGCACAACUUAUGAUUAGGCUGAGCUAAGCACACAGUAGUGAUAUGCACACAUUUUGAGGUUGGCUAGCUGCCUUUGUCUGCACCAAAAGUGACUGAUCCAUCAUCCUUUGCUGGAGGGACAUUAAUUCGGGUGAGGGUCUUUCCUUCCACUUGCCCCAUAGUUAGGGCUGUGUUAGUCAUAGCAGCAAUAUUGGAGUAAACUUUUUUUAUGGUCUGAUAAAUCUGCAAGUCUGGCUACAGCCUCAAAAGUCGACCUAUGACUGAAUUUUAGUGUCCUGUCUGCUUUCAGGUCCAUGAACCGAUCAGAAGUGAAAUACUGGAACAGGUCCUGAACAGAGUCAUCACAAAUGCAGGCUCCCCUAUCAGCCACUUCUUAGGUAACUGUGAAAUGAGCAAAGGGGGCACAUUAUUGCAAGGGAAAUCUCAUGAUCUCAUGUCUGCACAGUUCGAUAAAACAGCUUCUUGGUUUCUUUCCUCCCUCAACUUCAGAAGGGAGUGGUGCUCCAUCUGUUUUCCAGAGCCAUAAUUGUCUGUCUUUAAGAAGUAGAAGUCUCACAUAGCAGUCAUACUCUCUUGUGUAAAAAUGUAAAGGUAAAGGACCUCUGGACAAUUAAGUCCAGUCAAAGGCGACUUUGGGGUUGUGGCGCUCAUCUUGCUUUCAGGCCGAGGGAGCUGAUGUUUGUCCACAGACAGCUUUCCGGGUCCUGUGGCCAGCAUGACUAAAUUGUUUCUGGCACAACAAAACACCAUGACGGAAACCAGAGCGCAAGGAAACGCUGUUUAGCUUCCCACCGCAGUGGUACCUAUUUAUCUACUUGCACUGGUGUGCUUUCAAACUGCUAGGUUGGCAGGAGCUGUGUCAGACCAACGGGAGCUCACCCAGUCGCAGGGAUUCGAACCGCCGACCUUCCGAUCGGCAAGCCCAAGAGGCUCAGUGGUUUAGACACUCUCUCAUGUACCUUAUUGUUAUUAUAUGUUUUGUUGUUUUUGAAAAACUGUACCAGUCUUUCCAUUUACAGAAAGGGAGUUUAUGCAAAGAAAGUCCAAGGGAGUUUAUGCAAAGGAAAUCACACCAGAUUGCUGCCAAACCUAAAAACCAGUGGUUUGUAGCAGUUGUAGUCAAAAUGAAGUUUAUUCCCAAUUAGAGCCCCAGUUGCAUACAAAGUUAUUUUCCCAUACCCAUUUAAUCCUCAUAACAACCCUGCGAUGUAGGUUAGGUUGAGAGAUGGAGAUUGACUCUCGUUUGCUAACUGAGCUUCCUGGCUGAUUAGGGCUUUGAACACGAGUCUUUUUGGUCUUUGUCUGAAAUACUUAGUGUCUGGCCCUCAAUCCUUAGUGAGUACAUAUUUGAAGAAGUCAGUUGUAUGACCUCUUAUCUUUCACUGUUCUACUUUUUUUGGAAGGUGACUUCAUAAUUUGUGCAGUUGUCUUUUCUUGAUCUGUGAACCUACGAAUCAAAUGCACUUCUUUUUCUGUCCCUGGUUCUUGACAUCUUGGCCUUCUCUUUCUCUUAUUGAAGGCUGCAGCUCUCCUUGUUACCGUUUUCUCUUUCAGAUCUGUUGUCCGGUAUUAUCCUGUCUGCCCCGCUCAUCCUUCAGCAGUCUUCUUCAAAAGUCGCAGAGGCCUUUGAUCAUUUGUCAUUCCUGCCUCUUGACACAGUACAAGGGUUGCUUAAGGCUGUGCAGGUAAAGUUCUUUUAUACUGGUCAGUUUUCAGCUCAAAAAGUCCUCAAAAUAUCUUACGAAGGAGUGCAGCAUAUUAAAAAAAAUACUUCAAAAUAUAUUACUACUCUUAAAUUCAUUCAUUAAAAUAUCUUUUUAUCCCUUCUUUCCAUUUAAAACAAAUCCUUGAGACACCUUGCAAUCUCAUCCGUAGAUUUAAAAAUCAAUAAAAGAUGGAAAGGGCAUGGGAUAUAAAGUUAAUGUUUCAGAGAUCAAAGAACUCAGCAGGCCAGACAAUUGCUAGAAAACUGAUGUUUCUGCAUAGUGGCAUAAAGUUGUUGUGGAGAAUGUGGGACAGGUUCCCCUUGACAAGGCAUUCUAAAGUCUAGGUGAUGCUUUCACCUGUAUGUCAACCAAACACUACACUCAGAUCUUGCUUGUGGGCUUCCCGUUUAUUUCUUGCAGUUCUCUUGCGGCUCAUAGAUUGGGAAUGACUGACGUGGCUCAUUGAUUAGGCUGAUACAAUGUCCUCCUCACUCCUCUCUUCUUGGCCUUCCUGCUGCUGCUCCGUUAGUGAAACUGCAGAACACUUGGUUUAAUGCGUUCUUUUUUUCUCCCAGCCCCUGCUGAAAAUUAGCAUGUCCAUGAGGGACUCUCUGAUCCUUGUUCUUCGCAAAUCAAUGUUUUCUGGGUAAGCUGCCAUUUUUCAUGCUUUCAAAGUAAAUAGACAUCUAUGGAGUCCCUUGGUUUCCCUACCCCCACCCCUCACUGCUUUUAUCACAUAAACAACACAUGUGGAAAGGAGGAUGUAACCUGAGGAGAGUCCCAAGAGCCAGAUGGGGUCGCCAGGAGUGCCAUACGCUCCAAAUUCUGCUUGCGUUAGUUUUUUUACCCAAGGGCUUACCCACAACUCCAUUUGCCCUGCCUCUCCCCACCCCCUGGCUGGAAAAACCCAGUCUUUAGCGCUGAAUCAGAGCAAACAGCAACUGGGUUUUCUGCAGAUUGCUGUUUGUUCUGAUUUAGCACAAAAUAGUAGGUUUUCUGCUUGGACCCAUGACUUUCUAGGCACAGGACAAGUGUGGGCAAGCCCUUUCCGGAAGCCUUGGGGGAAUUAGUUUCUCCACGACAUGAAAAAUGAACCAAAGUUCAUCAUGCUUGGUUGAUAGAAAUAAUGGGUCCCAAUGAUAAAAUGUAAAAAAAAGUAGCUGUCUUUAAAAAACAGGGUUGCUGUCUUUUAAAAAACAACACACAGCACAUUUUAUCCACUUGAUCAUACCGUAAACAAGCAACCCUGCACACCUUUGUGGUUUUCCACUCUAGGUUUGUUUGUUAGUCGUUUUAUCUCUUCGCUCCAACUUUUAUUUAAGGGAAUUCAGCUCAUCAAGCUUUGUCCAGCAUGAACAAGGUAGGGAGGACAGGGCACCCCAGAAUUCUCAGAAGAAGCAUCCAUGGGUGUCCUUAAUUGUUCUCCCUUGCCUCUGUUUCCAUCACAGGCAGCUGGAGGCCCGUAAGUCAGCAGUUGCUGGGUUUCUGCUCCUCUUAAAGAAUUUUAAGGUUCUGGGUAGCUUGACCUCCUCCCAAUGCAGCCAGGCAAUUGGUGCGAGUCAGGUAAGCAGCCAGCAGCUUCCCAAAGGUCCUGUGCAGCCCCAGGCACAUAGGAUUGUGGCUUCAGUCAUAAUAAACCAUAGAUGAUUUCUCAUGACUCUGUUACUGCCUUCUAGGUCCAGGUGGAUGUUCAUACCCGCUAUAACGCAGCAGCCAAUGAGGCCUUCUGCCUAGAAAUCCUGGGCAGUUUGAGGCGAUGCUUAAGUCAGCAGGCUGAUGUCAGAUUCAUGCUCUAUGAGGUAAGGAGGAUCCUUUUGGCCGUGGUUCCACAUAAUUUCUUUGGUUCAAGCAGUGUCGAGGUUGUGGAUUAAUGUCAGCAUCUGCAGGCCUUUGGGAAGCUGGUUCCUGGUGUUCUGUAAGUGUUUGUGUGCUGGUGUGUUGUAGCGCUCUAGUUGUAUAAUACCCUUCCGCACCUCUGCUGUGCUUCAUGGCAGUGCGAUGGGACCUGAUUUGGUUUUGUGUGUUACAUUGUGAGGAUCAGUUUUUGCUUCUGAGCAUAGUGGCAGGCAGCAGAGGCAACAUGGUUGUCUUCCAUUGCCUACAGUGAUGAAAAUUGCCUGUGAGUGUUUUUAAGGCUCUAUUAUUAUUAUUUUAACCCUUCUUUCCUCUCAGGGUUUUUAUGAUGUCCUGCGGAGAAACUCCCAACUGAGUAAUUCCAUUCUGGAGAUGCUGCUGUCUCAGGUAUAUGGCAAGAUCAAAACAUUGCAGGCUUGGUUCAGACAGUAUGACAAACCAUAGUUUGGUAUUGCAUGUCCCAGCCCCAGGCUCACAUGCUCUCUUCUCCCCAGUCUUCCCCUCCCUGUGUGAUCUUGGCUUCUCAGUCAAGUCAGGCCUUUAUUGUGCAUAGCCAAGGGCCAUUACCAAUCUUAGUUUCCGAUUCUGGUUUCAAAUUCAGGUUUAUAAUAGGGAAAGCACAAACCAGAGCAUCCUGGUUCGGACAAAAUGGCAGCCUUAGACCCGGAAGGUUUUUCUGUUACCAUUUUUUGUUAGUUUUUAAGAUGCCAUAGGACACUUCAUUGCUUUUGCUAUCUGGUGGGGUAGCAGAGUUUACACAGCAAGAGGAGGUAACUCAUAAGAUGAAGUGAGGACGUGCAUCAACUUAGAAUCUUAUCCUUCUCUCUCUUAUUUUUUUAAAACUGCUGCUUAUACCUGCGUUUCUGGCUGCCACCGUUGGGAAAUGUACAGUCAUUGAUGGUUUAACCAGGGAUGGAGAACCUUUCCAUGGACCUCAUUCCCUCAUUGGCAACCUUCUCAGGGAUGCAAGCUUGUGGCGGGCAGAGUAAGAAGUAAAAAGUGGGUGGGACCAGGGGCAAAAGUGGGCAGAGCAACAGAAGUGACUCUUAAGGUAGACACUGUGUGUGUUUGCUCUCCAUCCUUCAUCCAUGCAAGCAAGAGGUAUUAUCACAGAUCAGGGACUCGUUCCAGCUAGGCAAAAUCAUUCAAAGUGGGUGCAAAGCGUUGUCAGUGGAGGUUGUGGCCUGGGGAGAGUCCUGGGGCUCAGGUAGAGAGGUGGCCAGAGAGCUACAUUUGGCCCCUGGGCCUGGGGUUCUCCAACUCUGCUUCAAAGCACCUGAAACUCAAUACAAGUAUUAGAAGCCGCAUGGUGGUGGGGGAAAUAAAACGAAUGGAAGGUCAGUAAGCGGUGCAUCAGUUUCCUAAGAGAGAAGGCAAAUGCACAUAUCUUGAGCAAUGCACUUGAGAUGUGGAUUCAUGCUUCCCCCUCCUUUUUGGACAGAUGUACAAACUCCCAAACUUGGGAGUAAGCUGUCUCUCCUGUUUCCAGGUGAAGCUGUAUGUGCAGAAGGUUAAUUGGCUUCCCUUUGUGUCAGUCAUAAAGACACUUGCUUUCCACCUCCCUCUCUCGCUGCCCAGAGCAUUGCUUUAAGUUUAAAAACAAAGGAGCAUAGAGUUGGUGAUUGGUUGUUUUUUUAACUAUUUAAAUAGAAAAACAUGUCAGGCACCUGGGGGGGGGGGAUGCUGGUUUAAAUGGGAGCAGGGGGUAGUGGGAGGAGAGGGUUGAAAAUCUGUACUGAUGUAUAUUUGAGCCAGGUAUGUAUGUCAGUGGAUUUCACACAUGGUGGUGGAAAAAGACUAUUCCUGUUCCUGGGCAGAGAAGUGUGGGUAGGAAGUAUGUAUCUGUUUUCACCCUAGUUCAGCAAUCCUAAGCUAGGGAAGAUUUGUUUUUUCUUUCUAACUUUAAUUCAGAUGCUUAGCCUUUCUCCCCUGUUCCCUCUCCUGCCUGGCAGUAAAGUGGGAUGAUUCUCACUUGUAAAAUGUUGUUCCUUAUUUAUUGUGGCAGAUAAAGCGGUAUUAUGAGCCAGAACCUGACCUGCUGCCCCCGUUAAAACUAGAGGGAUGCAUCCUGGCACAGAGAGACCAAAUCUUCCUGCAAGAACCUUUGGUGAGAGCGUUGAAGGAUUGAGUCACUUGGAUAAUGGCUGUUAAAAGUUUGUUUUCAGUUCCACUGAUAUCUGGAGCUUGUAACUAGCAUCUUUCAAAGGAAAGUGCCAGCAUAUUUCUCAUAAAUUAAGAACUGGCACCACUACAGACGCCACAUAAUACCCAUUCCAUAUUUGUAAGAACUUGAUCACUUCGUGUGGCAGCACCUGAACUUUGGAACUUCCUGCCUAUUGAGAUCAAGCAGGUGCCAUCACUGUACUCUUUUUGGCACCUACGAGACAAGGGACGCAGGUGGUGCUGUGGGUUAAACCACAGAGCCUAGGACUUGCCUAUCAGAAGGUUGGCGGUUCGAAUCCCCGUGACGGGGUGAGCUCCCGUUGCUUGGUCCCUGCUCCUGCCAACCUAGCAGUUCGAAAGCACGUCAAAGUGCAAGCAGAUAAAUAGGUACCGCUCCGGCGGUAAGGUAAACGGCGUUUCCGUGUGCUGCUCUGGUUCAUCAGAAUCGGCUUUGUCAUGCUGGCCACAUGACCCGGAAGCUGUACGCCGGCUCCCUCGGCCAAUAAAACGAGAUGAGCACCACAACCCCAGAGUCAGCCACGACUGGACCUAAUGAUCAGGGGUCCCUUUACCUUUAGACAAGCCUAACCAGAUGCUUAGAAAGUUGGGGUAAUUUUAAUCCGUUUCAGUAUUUUUACUUUUGUAUGUUUUUAAAGUACGGUUGUGAUUUUUUCCUCCAUUUUAUUGUUUUAUCUUUUUUGUAAACCACUUUGAGGUUUGUUUGUUCUUUUUAACAAGCAAUAUAUAAAUUUAUUAAAUAAAAUAAAUAAAUAAAUAAACUGCAGGUCCUUUUAUCUUAAACAAUGCAUUACUCUGCACUGCUUUGGAAGAAAAGCUUCCAGAGCGGUUAGCAGCUGCUGGGCCUGAAUCAGAAGCAGAAGGGAGGCAGCUGGGGGAGGGUUAAAGGCCCACCCGCACUAUUAGUGAAAUGGCGUGAAUGGUGUCCUGUCCAGCUUGGCCCUGGCAGAACAGAUUACUGUAUAGCAGAAGUUUUCAACCUUUUUUGGGUCCACGGCUUGAUCAACUCCAUUCUUUCUGCAGCACCCCUGUGGGGCUCAGAAGUCCAGUUAUGCCACCCCUUGCCUGCAGAGCUGGCAGCCUCUUGCCCUUUUUCAAACAUCCUCCCUUGUGGAGGGUUCCCUCAGCCUCCUCUCCCCUCUCCUUGGUCUCCCAGAGGCACCAUUUGCAUGUGGAGCUUAUAGCCAGGACUGCUGCAAUAAACAGCUGUACAAGCCUUUGGGAUGCAGAGAUGCAAGAGGACAUCAGAGUAGGGAGGGAAAGAAAGAGGGACAGAGGCCAGUGUUGCCCGUACCACCCCUGGCCAUCAUUCAAGGCACCCCAGGGUGCCACAGCACACUGGUUGAAAACCACUGCUGUAUAGUAUUAACCCCUCUGUGCAUUAAUUUGACUUAAGCAUGGUGGUUAUAUGAAGCUGGUAUCUGUUGCAAGAACAUUUUCCUGAGGAGGGAGGAGGCAUCUGAGCAACCUGCAUGACCAUUAAUGAUUGAUGCUGCAAUUUCCUUCAGGCUCACUUACUCUGCUGUAUUCAGCAUUGUCUGACCUGGUAUAAGAGCACCUUAAGCCUGCGCCGACAGGCUGAGGAAGAAGAAGAACAAGAAGAAGAAGAAGAUGAUGAUGAUAAUAAGGGUCUCCAGCAAGACUUGGAGGAGAUGCUGGAGUCGAUCACACGGCGAAUGAUCAAGAGUGAAUUAGAAGAUUUUGAACUGGUAAGUUAGGAACAGGAAGGGAGAAGACUGCUCCUUUCUUUCUUUCUGCAAAGUCCUGGAGAUGAGAUUUUAAUUUCUUUGCUUUUUAUGCUCAGGAUAAGUCGGCAGACUUCUCUCAGUCUACAGGAGUGGGCUUGAAGAACAAUAUCUACGCUAUUUUAGUGAUGGGCGUCUGUGAGGUCCUGAUUGAGUACAACUUUAGCAUAGGGAAUUUCAGGUAAGGAAUGAAAUUAUCCUCCCUCCCUCUGCCCUCCACCAGCAUCUACGCAUACAGCCCGCAGGACUUCCCAGCUGCAAACUGCAUGGGACAGAUCUUGCAAGUUCAACACAAUUCCUGAUAGCAGAAAUAGUGAGAAAACCUAGAUGGUCUUGUUGAGCUUAACACUUGGGCCCUUGACUAAGUCUCUGGAGGUUCUGGGUUCAGGUGACUGCCAGUGGUGUUCAUCCCAGCUCUCCUCGUGUAGUAGUGGUCCUUUAAUCCCAGUAGGAUGGAAAUUAGUUCAGACGUUACUUUGUCCUAUCCUCCCUCAAUUUCUUUUAAAACAGCUUUGCAAAUGGGUCCAACUAAGUUACCUGUCCAUUCUAGUGAAUGACUAAUAUCUGCAUGUUUGUCUGUGUGUUUCAUGAGUGAAACACGAAAUAAAAAUACCUAGGUUCUGUUUUGAAAUCAUUUGUUUCAUAGUUUUUUGCAUUUUUAUUUCUGCAAUGUGUGUCGCAGCAAGAGCAAGUUUGAAGAUGUUCUGGGCCUGUUCAAGUGCUAUACCAAACUUUGCGAAAUCCUGAAAGAGAAAGCUGGGAAGAACAAACCCACUUCGGCAAAUAAAAUUGCCCGAAGCUUCCUUUCCAUGGGUUUUGUGUGCACGUUACUUACAAGUCUCUUCAGGUAAGGACCUGUGUUUCAAGGCACAUUCAUCUAGGGUAUCUAGAAAUUUUGUAUCUCUCUUGAUACCUGAUUGUGCUUUUACCCAAUCUUAGUGGUAGCUUAAGUCACCUGAGAUUACACCACUUUCUCCUCUGGCUCCAUCCCUGAUUCCUUUUUUGCCAUGUUGACAACCAUUGAGAAUUUGCUUUCUUCUGAUGCCCCAGGGACUGUUCCCAGAACCACGAGGAGAGCUUGGCCGUUCUGCGCUCCAGCAGUGAGUUCAUGCGCUAUGCUGUCAGUGUGGCCUUGCAGAAAGUACAGCAGUUGGAGGAGACGGGACAAACAGAUGGGCCUGAUGGGCAGAACAGAGAUAAGAUGUUCCAGAACCUCUGUAGAAUCACUCGGUGAGUCCCAUGGCCUGAAGACUUUGGUGUGGUAUUAGUAAAGGGUACCUCUUAAAUAUCUCAAGCUCUUACAUAUUAAAAAAUGGAUAAAGAAAACAAAGUGGAGUUUGAAACUAAGCCAGUGUUGGGAUUCUGAGCAAGUAGCCUCUUGGUCUUUGAGGCCACUGAGCAGCAGACUUCUGCAGUAGUUAGUUAAGUCAAACUGUUUUGUACAGUUUUUGCAAUAUUGUAAACAAUAUCGUAUAGAGGUUUCCAAUAAUAAAUUCAGUUCUAUAAUACAGGCAGAAGAUACUGCCAUCAUAAAGUGUAUCUAGGCAAGAAGAAUAUGCAUCCUGAAUAUUUUUUAUCCUUCUGGCUUGAGAGAAUCCCCAAGGCAAGAGAAAUGAGCUGUUUCUUGAAGCUGCCUGUCUUAGGUAUGCCGGUGGUUCCCAAUGAUAGCAAGCAAACCUGAACAGAUGUUCAUCUGCUAUGCCUCCCCUGACUCUGCUCUUCCUCAGGGACAGUGGGGGCAAAGGGAAGUUAAGAGUCCAUCAGGCAUUUCUGCUGUUACUGGUAUCCAUAACUCCCAGUCCUCAGCACUCUUGACUGCUGGAGGCAAUGCAGAGGCAGUGAUUCUUAAAAUCAUCUCCCCUACCCUCUUGCUGAUGUUGCUGACUCCCACAGAAGCCAGGGGGGUGGGGAGGUAGGCUUCUAGGCUUAAUAGCAACCAGGUGUUUUCCAUCUCUCUGGGGCUGGAAUUCUUUGCCUAAGUUGUGUCCACCCACGCCGCUCUGCUCUUUCUCAACGGCAGUAGGGGCGGAAUGAAGUCCAGGGGAGGACAUACAUUUUUCUGGGUUCUCUACCCAAAUUCACCAGCUACAAUGGUGAAUGAUACACUAGUGGAGGGAUGCCAGGUUCCCUGCACAGGCUGCAGCAUGUUAAGUACACAACUGCCAACCCCAAUGGCUAUGUUCUGCCUCCACCGUCAGAGGCAGUGACGCUUCUGAAUAUCAGUUGCUGGAAACCACAUGAGGGGAGAAUGCUCUUGCUCUCAGCUCUUGCUUGCAGGCUUCCCACAGGCUGGCCGCUGUGAGAAUGGAAUGCUGGACUAGGUGGACUCCUGGCCAGUUCUUACUGGGAUCACAUUGUGCCACUGAAGACUGAGGAAGUCCUAGCCAUAAUGAAGGACUUGUCAUAAGAUGUCAUAAGAUGCACCCAUUCAGCAGGGUGCAGCUUGUCAGCUAUAUAUAGUGGACGACCAGGGAUUUGAUUUUCAUUCUGUUUUUGCUGCCUGCCUGAGACGGCAGAAACCUGAGAAAUUAUCAAGCAGCUGGCAUGCCCAGUGUGUGGCUUGCUGGCUGUGCAUGGUUUCGUUGGCCACAAACUGUGCAAGCCUGACUUUGACUGUACAGUGGUACCUCGGGUUAAGAACUUAAUUCGUUCCGGAGGUCCAUUCUUAACCUGAAACUGUUCUUAACCUGAGACACCACUUUAGCUAAUGAGACCUCCUGCUGCCGCUGCGCAGUCGUCGUGCGAUUUCUGUUCUUAUCUUGAAGCAAAGUUCUUAACCCGAGGUACUAUUUCUGGGUUAGUGGAGUCUGUAACCUGAAGCGUCUGUAACCCAAGGUACCACUGUACUAACUUUGACAGUACUGAGCAAGAGGUGCAUGUAAGAGAUGACUUGACGUGAACUUCUGCUCCCACCCUCCUCUGCAUGCAUGAAUAGAGAGUUAAGCACAGUAAUAGCGGAUGAGUAGUUUGGGUACAAGAGUUGGCUGUUCCUAGUCAUCACACAUGGCCAUUAAGCCUGCCUUAAAUCACCCCCUACUUUCCCCCUUUCCCCAAAGAGUCCUGCUGUGGAGAUACACCUCAAUCCCAACCGCAGCUGAAGAAUCAGGCAAGAAGGAGAAGGGCAAGAGCAUCUCACUGUUGUGCUUGGAGGGUUUGCUGCGGAUCUUUAACACCGUGCAACAGCUGUAUCCAGCAAAGAUCCCACAGUUUCUGCAGGCACUGGGUAAGCUAUAAGGCUCGUUUUCUGCUGAAUUGUCAGUGAAGGGGCUGGAAGAGUCAUCGGAACACUCCUGCGGAAUGCUCUUUCUGUAAAGAUUCUGCAGGCCCCUUCUUUGUUAACCUCUGGGUGUCUACUAAACACUUUUCUAUGCUGCCAAGAUUAUGCAGACAAUUAAUAAAUCUAUCUUUUGUCAAAGUGAGCUGAUGAUCUGUGAAUUUAAGUUUUUGCAUGGUGUUUUUAUUGUAUAUGCAUAUAAAAUUAUUGUAGACUACUGAUAUUUUUUAAAGAAACUGCAGCAUACAAGUAUUUUUAUAAAUAUAAACAAAUAUACUGCCGGCCACUGCUUUUCAAAGUAAUGAUAAUCUCCAUGUGCAUAGCUGUGAUGAAUUCUCUCUCCUGAUCUCAGCUUCUACCUUGUUGCUAUUCUCCCUCCUCCUUUUUUUCCUUUUUGCCAGAUAUUGCAAAUGAAGAUGCGGAAGAAGACGAAGACGUUAACGUCACUGAGAAAGCAGCCUUUCAGAUUCGACAGUUUCAGGUGAACUGCAGAAAGGUGAUGUUAGGGUUGAACUGCUUGAAGGGAUGGAUCGACUCUUGUUCAGGAGGAUGCAGGCAGAGAUACUGGGCCUGUGCUCUCAGUUUGCUGCUUACAAUUUGCAAAGCCAUUGGAGCAGAUCUAGGAAAGGAGCAUCUCCUACUUAGGGAACUGCCUAAGAAUACUUGGAUAGGAACAGAAAGUUUGAGUCUCAAAAAGUGUUCACCCCACCUUCCUCCCCUCCUUUCAUUGCUUUCCUACAUUUGUUGUUUGCUCAUGCAAUCUAUUUUCCUUUCUCCCUCCUUCUCAGAGGUCAUUAGUGAACCAGCUCAGCAACGCUGACGAUGACUUCAGCAGCAAGGAAGCACUUCUGUUAAUCAACAUCCUUGCAACUCUUUCCAAACUGUUGGAGCCCUCCUCCCUCCAGGUAUAUACUGCAGAGUGAUGCCACUGGCCUGAUCCGUCAGCUGUUCCUCAUGUUUAAGCUGGUCUCUGUGUUACAUGUGGACCAGCCCUCAGUCCAAUCUAUCUGAUUAAACGCUUGCUUUUAAUACGUAUCAUUUAUUUAUUAUCUCUUAACUCUUCUGAUCUGCCUUUCAACCCACAUUGAAAACAGCUCUCAUGGUGGCUUUACAACAACAUAAACACUAAUAAUUCUGUACUGAGUAAAGUCACCCUCUCUCUUCUUGUGCAGUUCAUGCAGCUGUUAUCCUGGACAGUCAAGAUUUGCAAGGAAACUAGCCUAGGUAAGAUUUCUGACCAGGUAAGACUUCGUUCCCCUGCCUUAGGCCUUAUGACAUCUGCAGCUUAGGUCAUCAAAUGAAAUGUAGCAUCCAGGUUUAAAGAAAGGGUUAAAUAAAUUAAUGGGAGAUAAGGUACCCAAAGUUGUUUGACAGAAGUUCAGGCCACUAACCAUCUUCAUGCGACCCAAUGCAAGUGCAAGACUGCUUGAUUUCCUUGCCAUGAUUAGGUUGCAUCCUGUGGGUUCACAUUCUCUUCUUUCUCUCUCCCUUCCUUACUUACUUACCAUUUUUGGAACUGUGGUCAGCAUUAUGCCUGUUUCGGUGUUUUUGACAAAAGCAGCACUAAAUAGCACUUUUUAGCCCUGGUUACGGGAUGCGGGUGGCGCUGUGGGUUAAAACACAGAGCCUAGGACUUGCCGAUCAGAAGGUCAGCGGUUCAAAUCCCCGUGACGGGGUGAGCUCCCGUUGCUCAGUCCCUGCUCCUGCCAACCUAGCAGUUCGAAAGCACGUCAAAGUGCAAGUAGAUAAAUAGGUACCGCUCUGGCGGGAAGGUAAACGGCGUUUCCAUGUGCUGCUCUGGUUCGCCAGAAGCGGCUUAGUCAUGCUGGCCACAUGACCCGGAAGCUGUCUGCGGACAAACACCGGCUCCCUCGGCCUAUAGAGCGAGAUGAGCACGCAACCCCAGAGUCGGUCACAACUGUACCUAAUGGUCAGGGGUCCCUUUACCCUUUACCUUUAGCCCUGGUUAGUGAAAAUUAUGAUAGAGUGCGAGUAUGCUAACUUUAAUUUGCUUUGAACAUGAGAAAAGCAGAUUAAGCAGUGUUAGAUUUGCAGAAGGCCUGUUAAGAGAUGGAAUGCUGGGCUGGGUUGGUUGUUGGCCUGACCCAGUAGACCAGCCAUGGUGUCUCCAAAGCUGACUUGUGUUUUCGCUCUCCACAGAUGACGCCCCUUGCUGCAAGGGCUUGCUAGCCCUGCUCUUCAGUCUGCAUGUUCUCAUCAAGAGCCCAGGCAGUGUAUUGCGUGAGCUUGCCCAGGAUAUCCAUGCUCAGCUUGGGGACAUAGACCAGGUAACAUAUCAGUUGGGCCUUUUAGACUGAGCUUAUCAGUCUGCAUGUAUUUGCCAAUGCAGAGCUUGUGCGCUUGUUCUGUAUCCCCAAAUCCCCUUCCUGGAUAUAGCUGUUGAAAGAACGUAGAAUCAGGCUGGUGUAGUGUUUAGAGUGUUAGACCAGAGAAAUUUGGGUUCAAAUUCCCAUUUAGAGACCAAGCUCACUUGAGUGACACUGAACCAGUGACUAUUAUCCUAUCCUACCUCGUGGGGUUGUUGUGAAGAUAAAAAGGAAUGGUGGAAUAAUAAUAAUAAUAAUAAUAAUAAUAAUAAUAAUAAUAAAAGAUAGGUAUCUAAAUUACUGUUUGUUUCAUCUUUUUAAUCCCCCACUCUCUACCUAGGAUAUUGAAAUGGAGCACCAGUCCCACUUUGCUAUUGUGAAUGCCAAGACAGCAGCUCCUACAGCUUGUGUGAGUUGGUGUAAAAACAAAACAAAAAACACAACACAAAACUAGGUUCAAAUUUAAUGAAAAGUGAUACAUAAAUGUGACAAGUAAAUUCUACUUGGCAAUUUCCUAUGGCUGCAAGGCACAUUGUGCUAUCCAAAGCAAUUUCUUUCUCUCUUAGAGCCAGUGUGGUGUAGUGGUUAAGUGCGAUAGACUCGUAAUCUGGGGAACCAGGUUCGCGUCUCCGCUCCUCCACAUGCAGCUGCUGGGUGACCUUGGGCUAGUCACACUUCUUUGAAGUCUCUCAGCCCCACUCACCUCACAGAGUGUUUGUUGUGGGGGAGGAAGGGAAAGGAGAAUGUUAGCCGCUUUGAGAUUCCUUCGGGAAGUGAUAAAGCGGGAUAUCAAAUCCAAACUCUUCUUCUCUUCUUAGUUACUGAUUUUGAGUCGAGCAGAGAAGGUCCUCGAAGAGGUGGACUGGCUGAUCAAUAAGAUGAAGAGUCAUCUGGGACUGGAGGCAGCAGGUAAGAAAAAGAACACUAGUUCUCAAAUGGUGUCCUAUUGGGUUGUCUCUUGUUAAGAAGUAUGAACAGCUCAGCUGACAAUUCCCACUCUCAUCCUUAUUGUCAAGUCAAGAAAAAACAACACAGGAUCAGGGACAAAAGGCCUUUUGGCACAGUUUUUAGGAAAAGACCCAAGAGAAACAAGUUUUCAUAGGACAAAAAAAGUCCAUCUGUCCCAAACAUGGUCAACUCUGUGAAAUUGUUUGAAUUAAGCUCAGGAACAAAUUUGUUAAUCAGUACAGAUGACAGCCACAUUCUAGACCAACUAAAAUUUCCAAACUGAAUUCAAGGACACCACCAAGUAGAGCUUGUUCCAGUAGUGACCAGGAUAUGAUGAUCAAGGCCAGCAUCUCAAGGAAAAGACACAUAAAUCAAAGCUGUAAGAAGUGAACUUAAUUGAUGCUGCUGUUAUUUGACCAACCAGGAACUGGGCUUGAACUUGGAACACGUUUAAACUGUGUACCUGAUUUUUAAAGGGGAGUGCACACCCAUUCAAACAGGCUAUGUGACUAUUUCUAGAUCUCAAUGACCUUUGUCUUUGUGGUUUUUACGAAGCUUUUUCCUUCCUUUUGUAGAAGAUGCCUCUCAAGCAACAAACCCAACCCAGCCUCUGGAAAAGGCAAUCAUUCUUCAGCUUGGGACUUUGUUAACUGCAUACCAUGAGCUGGUACAAACAGCCUUGCCUCCGGGAAGCUGUGUGGACACACUGCUCAGGAGUGUCAGCAAGAUGUACACCACUCUUACAAGUCUUGUAAAAUAUGUGAGUGCUCUUGACCUGAGGCAUGAGGUUUGGGUUUGAGGGCCUGAUCAUCAACUUUUCCUAAGCCCAACUUAGCCUAGAUGCCUAAAAACUGAUGGUGGGCUACUCUCAGGUAGCCAGUAGUGCAUAGAUCAUGCAAGUUUGUUUCUAAAAUGUAUAACCUGCUAUGUAGCCUGACUAAUUCUUACGGUAGUUUACGUUAGCCUACUUGGGCAGAAAAUCCCAGUGGAAGGCCACCACUACUAAGAAUAUCCUGACUCUUAAUAAAUUGCUACCUGCCAAAUUUCAGUUGAGGGGGUCGCCAAAAGUAUUAUUUCUGUAGGAUCUCUGCUGCUGAUCUUACACAACACAAAUGCUAACAACAGGCAAGGAUGCCCAGACCAUUUCCAUUCUGUAGCAGGGAGUUCCUGUGGCUCAUAUACCAUGUCCUCUUGCAUUGCUUUUUUUUUAGUAUCUCCAAGUGUGCCGAACCACAACAUGGGCGAUUCCAGGACGGCUAGAAAAGCUGGUGGGUGUUACGUGAUCCUGUACAAUGCCUGUUAGUAGGUGCUGAAUAAAUGUUUUCUGCUUUAAUUCCAAGAAAAUUCUUGAAAUAAGUGGCAUUAUCUUCUCUAGGUUAGACUCUCUGGCUCCCACUUGACCCCCCAGUGUUAUGCCUUCAUCACAUAUGUGCAGGUAAGCCAAAAAUUUGAAUUUCCCAUUUCACACUCCCAAUCCCAAACAGUGCAUCUAUUAACCUAGGGGAAAACAGCAUUUACAUAUGCUGACGGCACAGGAGGCAUCAACCUUGCUGAAGCCAAGUGGGUUUGGGUCUGGUCAGUGCCUAGAUGGGACCAUACCUGUGCUUGCUGCCUUGAGGUUCAUUUAAAGAGACUGCUCUGUUUUGGUGAAAGCUGUGAUGCUGAGGAAGCUAAAUUCUGUACCCGGCACAAUUUCCUAUGCUCUCAGCAUAAAUAGCCCUGCUCAAAAAUGCAGAGAAUGUUGUUAUCAGUGGCAAGACAGGAAAAUGAGAAUCCUAACAAUAAUAGAAAAGAAUGGAACGUAUUCUUCUGACUAGACCAAGUCGUGUUUUAAAUCUGGGAGGUACUGAUAUGGUGAAUUUUGGCACUAUCCUACUCUUACUCUGUGUUCUGUGCAGCAAAAAACUGCAGACUACAGAACUGUCCUGCCCUUAUUUAACGAAGGUGUGGUAUGGAUGAGGGGCUCAGUAUUUCCUGCAAAGAUGGAUUACGAUUGCAAAAUAUGACUUCUUCAGAGUGAGGACUAUGGAAAGGUCAAUGGGAAGACCAGAACUGGAGUAGCAAGAAGGGAGAGGAGGAUAGGUCUGGAUUAAACCCAAAUAUAAAUUCAGCAAUGAACACUCCCUGUAAAAGGGGCUUUCUCUUUUUAUGAAUUGCUCCAACAUUUUAUACCAGCUUGUUAACCCUAUAAUACAGAAACUCAAUCCCCUAUCUUUACAUGCCAAGCAACUUCUCCUUUCAGAAUAUCCAGAGUGAAACCUUGAGCUUGGCAGGAGAAAAGAAAAAGAAGAAAAAGGAGAAGACAACAGCUGAGGUGUCCACCGUCAUGGUGAGGAUGGUUAUUUCUGCCCAGAAAUACACUGGACCCUUAGUUAUUUAAUUGAGUUUCAAUGGGAUGUACUUAAAGCCUUAAGUCUCUGCUCCUUCAGUAGCAGAGGAUGGCAGCAUAAACUACCAUUGAAUACUCACAGGUGCAGUUUGAAUUGUGGAGGACAGAUAAACUUGCACAAAGCCUUGAAUAGCUAUGUUUUUCAAGUCAGUUUUGUCGCUCAGGGUUUAAUCAAAUUCAGAGCAUCUAUAUCUCCUUAGCAUUUGGUUCCCUAAUCAUGUGGAUAAUACUCACCCUGAAAUGAUAUUAAAAAUAUUUGAAAGGCCUACAUAGCUAUUUACUGUGAGAUCCUGUAAUUGUGCUGCCACUGUAUUUAAUACACUUCAAUGCUUUCCUUCCCUCUGUAGGCCAAAGUGUUGCGGGAAUCCAAGCCAAUUCCUAACUUGAUUUUUGCCAUAGAACAAUAUGAGAAUUUUCUGAUCCAUCUCUCAAAAAAGUCAAAGGUAACAUUCUAGUCUAAGAAUGUAGCUGCAACUUUCGGGCACACCCUGGCAACUUCUUAGGAUAGCUCAGCUGGUAGAGCAUUAGACUCUUAAUCUUAGGGUCAUGGGGCCACACUGGGCCAAGAGAUUCCUGAAUUGCAGGUGGUUGGACUAGAUGCCCCCCAUGGUCCCUUCCAACUCUGAUUCCAUGAAAAUUAUGCAAGUUAACAGGAAAUUGAAUUAUUAUUUUUAUUGACACUUAAAAAGCUAAGCAGUUCAAAUGAAGGACUGUCCUUGCUGAAUAGACUACUCAUUUAUCAGAUACAUUUUGUAUAUGUAAUUGGUAAUCUUUAUCAAAUACUUUGGUGCAAUGAGUCACGUCUGUUAGAACCCAAGAUGAAACCCAGAAAGGCCUGUGUCUACCGUUUGCAAGGAAUACAGACAAAAAGAAUAAAAGUAAUGUUUGUAAUAAUUAGUAAUCUUUUCUGUAAAUAGACAAAUACCUUCUGUGCUUCAAAGUGCUGUUCAUCAGGGAUAUAGAUCUUAGAAUAAGGGACACCUGCUCCUUUAUGUAUCCAAUAUUUAUGAUAUUGAUUCGGUAUGGUCUGAGUCACUUUUGGCACAAAAAAGUACAUGUUUUCACUAACUUUUUGAGCCUUGACACUGUGAUUUUUACUACUGAUAUCUUACUAUUUGUGUUCUGUAAUUUUCAGUAUGUAAAUGGCUUUGAGGUAACUUGUGAUGAAAAGUUGUGGAUAAACUUGGGUUUUUUUUGCUUCUACAUUUAAGUUUUCAUAAGCUAUGCCUAUAGGUGGUGCAAGCUUUCACUCUGACUACCCCUUGGGCUGCUUGCUGCAGGUCAACCUGAUGCAAUAUAUGAAACUGAGCACCUCCCGGGACUUCCGUAUCAAUGUGUCUACUUUGGAGAACGCUCUACAGGAACAAAAUGCUGAAGAUAGGGAGAAUGAGCCAGCCAACGACCAGGUCAGUAGUAGACAUUCUAAAAAGAUGCAAUCUAUUUUCUGCCAAUAUAAAUGUAAAUCUGUACUUCCAAAGUGCCUUCUAUGAAAUUCAUAUGAAGCUUAGUCAGUUGUAUGCUAAUGGUAAAUACCCAUUUCUGUACAAUGGCAACUUGUUUUGAAGUGUGGGGAAUAUCCCUUUGCAUCAUCCUGACUACUCAAUUUCACCACUGAGUCUCAGCAGCCUCUGUGGGGGUGAGGAAGACACAUGAAUGCUAAUGAGAUGACAAAAAUGAAGAACAUGACACUUUUCUAGCAGAAGUUAAUUUUCAGAGGUGUUUUUCAGAGUAAAAAUUGCUUUAAACAGCAGGUUUUAAAAUUGUGUUUCAGUAACUCAGGACUCCUUUGGCGCAUUUACUAAUAGCCUGUUUUCAUCUCUUUUAGAGCACUGCAUCUACCCAAUCCAACACCAGCCAGGAACCCAAAACUAAGAGGCGACGUAAAAAAUAA